AUGGAGACCAAUUUAAAGAUUGAAAAAGCUCAGAUAAAUAGAGAGGACAUUGGAUACAAGAAUUUAAUUGGUGCAUUGCUGUAUAUCAGUAUAAAUGCCAGACCCGAUAUAAGUUAUACUGUGAAUUAUCUGAGUAGAUUUCAAGAUUGUUGUAGCCAGACACAUUUUAAAUAUGCUUUGCGAAUAUUGAAAUAUUUGUACCGGACUAGAGAUUUAAGGUUACAUUAUAAAAGGAAUGAAAAGUGUGAAACGAUAGAUUGUUAUGUGGACGCUGAUUGGACAGGAGAUCAUUUAGAUAGGAAACCUACUUUUGGAUAUGUAGUUAGAUUGUAUGGAAAAGUAAUUGGUUGGAAGUCUAAAAAACAAAGGUGUGUGACAAAAGCCACGACGUAUGCAGAGUAUGUAACUCUAUCGGAAGCGGUGAGUGAAUUAAUGUCCAUUAGAGAAAUUAUAAAAAUCUUCAAUGUAAAUCUAGACGAUAACCCUGUAAAAAUUUAUGAGGAUAACUCUGGAGUGAUAAAUAUAGCAAAGUACGGAAAUUUCGUAAAAAAUUCUAAACACAUUGAAGUUCAUUACCACUACGUUCACGAGUACUUAAAGGAAAACAAAACAAAUAUAAUUAAAGUAAGUACAAACGAAAAUACUGCAGAUAUUUUUACGAACUGUGUAGGGAGAAAUUCGAAAAGCUUAGGUCAUGGAUGA